UUGCCCCCGUGAAAUUCCCAAGUCCUCUCUCAUGCCUCUCUCUCUCUCUUGUGUUCUCUCUCAUCCCGACCACCUCAAUCUUUCUAGGGCUCUCGCACCCCUGCAUUCUCUCUUUACCCACUAGGGCUCUCAUACCUCUGUAUUCUCUCCUAGAUAGAGCUCACACCCCGCUCUCUCUCUCUGCGAAUCCCUCUAUUCCCAAGUUGGGUUGUAGCCCUCAUCAACUCUCUCGUAUCAUUAUGUCCUCACUGUUUUAAGCCGUUGCUAUUUCAGGAAUGCACAUUAUUCCUUACUCAAGUAGCUAUUCCUUCUUAAGGAUGCAACUUGGAGCAUUAUUGCGGUAUCGAAAUUGCUAUUGUUAGAAGGCACUGCUUUCUCUUCGAUUGCCUUGUGAAUACCAACAGGAACUGGAAAUCUUGCCAACCAGAGUUUCUACAUCCACUAUGUUGGCAAGACGAGCACCAAAGUUCAUCGCCCGCCAUGAUCUUAUUCAAUCAAACUUUACUGCAAGUCUACUAUCCAAACAUAUAUACACAGAAGGCCUCUAUUCUACAGGCUCAUGUCUUAGCAAGGGAAUUCCUGAAUAUAUGGAGCUACCAAGAAAACUGAGAAAAUCAGAAAGGAAGCCAUUUAUUGCUCCAAUUAAUGAAAUUAAACGACAGGCUAGAUUGGAGAAGAAGAUGAAGCAGGAGGUCUGCGAGUUUAAAUUGCAGGCCCCUGAUAAUGGUCUUCUAGUCAAGAGCUUAGUCCCAGUUGCCCAUGAUGUUUAUAUGGCCAGAAUCGAGCUUCUCCAGUGCAUUUCAAUGAUUAUUGGUAGAGUCCUUGUUCACUCUUGUAGCAGGGUAUGUGGAGAAGUUCAUGUGGGUGCAACGCCACAUAAAAUUCGUAGUUGCGAUGUUUCAGGAAGCUUGAAUAGUAAAGAACACACAUGGGGAAUGGGAAGCAUAGAUGAUGUUCUUCCAUGUGUGGAGUCUUUUCAUCUCUAUGACAGGUUAGGGAGAGCGGUGACCCAUGAAGAGAGGCUGCGGGUUGAUCGGGUUCCAGCUAUUGUAGAGCUGUGCAUGCAAUCGGGUGUUGAUGUUUUGGAAUUUCCAACGAGGAGAUAUAAGUUUCCAGCUUAUAGUGUGGCUGGUAAAACAAUCGAUUUUGAGAGGAGAUUUCCUCGAGAUGUCUCACAUGGAGAUGGCAUACAGACGUCUGGUUUUUGGAUGAAGGGAGGGAAUUGGGAGAAAAAGGAGAAUUUGGAAAUCAAUGGUUCAUCGUAUUCAACCUCAAAUGAUACACAAGUCAUAGCGGAAAGGGGUCUGAAGGCAUGGGAGAAGAUGAGGAAUGGAGCCAUGAAAUUGAUGCGAAAGUACAGAGUGUGGGUGUGUGGGUACUGCCCCGAAGUUCAGGUGGGGCCUCGGGGUCAUCGGGUGAGGACGUGUGGGGCCCGCAAGCACCAGGCAAGGGAUGGGCAGCAUGCGUGGCAGGAGGCCGAGGUCAACGACAUUGUCCCACCUGUGCAUGUGUGGCAUGUGCAGGACCCUGGGCUAGGAGGGGUGCCAUUUCAUGAGCUGAGGGGUUAUUAUGGGAAAUUACCAGCAGUGGUGGAGAUGUGCGCGCAAGCGGGGGCGAGUGUGGGGAAGGAGUAUGAAGGUUUGAUGAGGUUGGAUGUUGCAGUACCAGAUUUGGAUGAGGAAAAGUUGGUUGUUUGAGAGAGAGAGAGAGAGUUGUACCAUCACUGUUACUGUUUUAUGUGAUUCUUGUCGAGAGAGAGAGAGAGAGGUAAAGAUCCAUAUGAUUUGUGCUUUGGAGGGAGAAUGAGAGGAGUGUUUUUUUGGCAGGCAUCUGUAAAUUAGACAGUAGUUGAAAGAGAUUUUACUUUGCCUGGUCACCUGAGUUUCCCGGGCUUGUUGACAGGGGUCAAAGCGAGAGAGAGAUAGAAAUGUAUGGAUCCGGUUUCUAUGUGGUCAAGCCCGUAUACGUAAAAAUGCGGGUCUAUUAAUAAAUCUAUUUUUGAGAUAA